CCCUCCACAAAUGUACACCACCGGUCAUGAUAGAGAUGCAUUUUCUCGACUUGGAAAACAACUCAGUGACAUCCACCUGAGCCAACUAUCGACACAGCUUUCAGUGUUCCAAUCUGCACUCAUAAAUUUUGCCAACGAGCACGGUGAAGAUAUCAAACAAAACCUCGAGUUUCGUUCCAAGUUUACUGAAUUGUGCUCACUGGUGGGACUUGAUCCACUCGAACUCAGCAUAUAUACAAAUUCCAAAGACGACAAGCGUAACAACAACUUUUAUAUCAGUCUAUCGGUACGAAUCGUCGAGGUGUGUCAGGAGACCCGAGACUUGAAUGGGGGGCUAAUUUCAUUCAAAGAGCUUCUUCCUCAAUUGCAGAACAACGUCAAUUUGCAUUCUAAAAUAACCGACACAGAUGUGACGAAGGCCUUGGAGGUUCUUGCACGGUUAGGCAACGGGUACGAGGUGCUUACUAUCCAUGGUAAAAAUUGGUUGAAGUUUUCUUUGGCUUCCACCUCCAGUAGUGGGUUUACGACCGACCAACGGAAGGUUUAUGAGGUGUGUACUUUCAUGGGAGGGCAAGUGUCGUACCGGUUGUUGCGAGACAAUUACGGGUGGGACAAGAUCCGAUGCAAAACGGUGUUGGAUGAGAUGAUUAUGAAUGGGUUUUUGUGGGUGGACAAUCAGGGGGUGAAUGGAGAGUUGCAUUUUUGGGAGCCAUCGUGGAUCAGCAGUUGAUUUGAGGGCCUGGAUGGUUAUGAAAUAUGAGUGACGAAUAAUAAACAAUAUAAUUAUUGUUCUAAUAGACAACUGACAUUAGAAGUGUCUGUAUUA